CCCUCAUUCAUAACCAUACGCUACCAGCCUACCACCAACUCCACUCCCAUCAUUCGUCUGAGGUGAAAGGAGGAAGAAGCAAAGGCAAGCUUGCAUCAACAAAAGCAUAAAUAAGAGGCAAGCUUGCAUCAACAACCAUGAAUCCUUCUCCACCACUGCAGUAAACCCCAGAGGUCAGAACAAAGCUCCUCCACCGUCCUCACUUUCGGUCGCUCCGCCGCCGUAUCUCCGGUCACCGCUCGCCGUGCAAUCUCUGCCCAGCCACCAAUCGCUUCGCCCCAUAGCUCCGACAUGCCUCUAUUGUUGGUUGUUCAUCUCCCCUUUCUUUAAUCGCUCCUUCUCUCUCACUCUGUUUCGUAAUCUCCCAUUCUCUCUCUGUUUCUGAAUCACUCCUCUCUCUCAUUCUCGAUUUUUCGAAUCUGGGUAAGGAAAAGGGUAGAGGCGGCGGUUGUGAUAAGGGUUUGGGGCUGAGGUAUUGAUUUGGGGUUAAGAAAGGGUGAAGGGUUCCAUGGUUGAGGGAGAAGGAGGUGUGGCGGCUGUGUGUUUUGGGUGGGAAGGAGAAGGUUGAGUAAGUGGUGGUGGCACUAUUCAGAAGAGAAUUUUUUUUGUCUGUGUUCCAAUUAUUUUUUUUCCAAUUUUUCGAGCCUAGCUAUAGGUCAUCUUUUUUUUUUUUGGUUUAUCACUUGUCCUUUCGGAAGAAGAGAGGAUGAUGGAAGAUGAUGGAAGAGAAUAGCAAGAGUGUGAGAAGAGAUGAUGAUGGAAGGGGAAGUACAAUUUUUGUCACCCACCCUAGAUAUGUCAGACAGACAGUGUUCCUUUUCUUUCUCACUUCUAACACCUAGUUACAUUCACACUCCUAUUACUUCAGGACGAAAACAAGUUCCCAAGUUGAUGCAGGCUUGAGUCUUCUGUUGCACUGAGUAGAGUGUUUUCUGCAAAGCUUACUUGUUCUCUCACUGAAUGCAGAAGUAGUUUGAUCAUGAAUGCAAAGGGGCAUAAAUUUGUGAGGUUUGGGGACUGGAAAUCAGAGUCAUCUUUUAGUAUAGAGCAGGAAGGUUCUGUAAACAAUGGAUAUCACAAGAGAAAAGGCAUACCGAGUGUAAGUGCUAUUUUGAAGAGUAUUGGAAGAAGACUCGAGAGUGGAACAGAGAAAGUGAAAAGCUUGAGAAGACAUUCUGCUGCUGUCCAUCCUUUAAGUGAUGGAAAGACAAAAAAGCCGACUUCUGGGUGCAAUAUUCUUGAUCCUCAAGGGUCAAUGCUUCAGAAAUGGAAUAAAAUAUUUGUAAUCACAUGUGUGAUGGCAGUUUCUGUGGAUCCGCUGUUCUUUUACAUUCCAGUGAUUGUUGGUAAAAACAAGAGUGGUAUGAAGACAUUCUUCUAUCCCUGUGGAACAUUUUCAAAGAUUGCUACUAUUGCAAAAAACAGACCCAUAUAUACUUGGAGAGUGAAGGUUCGGGUUCUUCGUGUUUGGGAUAUGUUUCCAGUUGGUGAACCCUCAAAACCUUACGCUAUCCAUGUUGUGCUUAUUGAUGUAGAGGGUGUGAAAAUUGAGGGCAUCAUUAAGAAAGCCUUUUUGCCCAAUUGUUUGCGUUCUGGCGUCGCCAUUCUGAUAGUUACUAUGCAUCAGUACACCUUAAGAAGUUCUAAGUCUAAGCAACAGAUUUUUGCCAGAGUAUUUCAUCCGGAGGAGGUAACUAUGAAAUUUGUUUUUUAUGUUUGGAGUGAGAUGAAAAUAUUGGACACUGAUCAUAUUUUUUUCUUUUUAUGUUUAUUUUUGUGGAAUAUUCAGGUGUAUAUUUUUGUACCAAGACAAUUCUUGAAUGAUUUUGAAGAAAGUCUCUCUAAAUAUGUUGAAUUAGUGGAUCCUGUAGGGAAUAAAUUCUGUGUUAGCUUUUAUUUUGAUCGUGAUGAACCAAGAUUUGGUGCUAAUAUUUCAGAGUUACGAACUGUGCACCAAAUACAGGGAAGUGUGAUAAUUUGUUUUAUUUAUCUUGGUGAUAGUAGAUUUGACAUCCAAAUUAGUGAUCUGAACUUGUUUGAGAUUGAGUAUAGGAAAAGAACUGCUCAUGUUGCAGCUAAUGUUGCAAGUUCAAGUCAUCUGAAUUUUCAUGAAGUAGAUGGUUCGGUUAUAAAUUUAAUUAGUGAUGAUGAUUCUGAGAAUGAAGUUGAAGAUAUUGUGAAUUAGGAGAUGUUAAUUUGGUCAGUUGAUCUCACUGCUGAUCUCAUUAUUCCCCGUCAUCAUCUGAUUAUUCCUGAUUAUAUUCAGGAAAAGGUUUUCAACGACAUGAGUCCAGAAAUCAAUGUACUUCUUCCAGAUGGUUCUUGGACUAGAUGAGAAAUCGUCUGGUACUCACUUAGUGAGGGGAUAAGUGAAUCUGGGAGUAUGGGUGCCAUUUUUGGGCGGUGAUAUGAGUUCUAUAAGGAAACAUUUUUCAGACUUGGAAAUUCCGUUGCAAGACACAAGAUGCAGCUAUGGAAAAUGGUUCUUCUCAAUUUUUACAGAGUUGCUGUUUUGACGGAGUAAUUUAACAUCAAAAGUUACAUCUUUUUGUUCUUUUUUUGUACUACAUAAUAUAACAUGAUGUGGUUGUAAACAUCACUUGAACGGUGCUACUUUAUUUGUUCACUGUGAAUGGUUGUUUAUUUUGUCUAUAA